AUAUAUAAGAGAGCUUCAUCCUGCAGAUUUUUCAUUAGAAUGCUUAAUUAUUCUUGGCAAUUGAUACUACACGAUAGUUCAUCAAACUCUCUUAUUAGCGAAUUUUACCGAAGACUUUUCAGUCUCUUUCCCAACUGCAGAAUUAAUCUUCAAGAACGUGAAAAUAAUGGAAGAAAACUUGGAUAAAUCGGGAGGAGGGAAAAGGAUUCAAGAAUCCAUGGAGAUCACAUUGAGGCCAAUAGAAUUGUCGGAUGUAGAAGAUUUCAUGGUGUGGGCAGCAGAUGAUAAGGUUACAAGAUUUUGCCUUUGGGACACCUACACUUCCAAAGAACAAGCACUAAACUAUAUCAAGAAUUAUGCUAUCCCACAUCCAUGGUUAAAGGUAAUAUGCAUUGAAAAUCGUGCGAUUGGGGCAAUUACAGUUACUCCAGGUUCCGGAUUCGACCAGUGUAGAGCUGAGCUUGGCUAUGUCUUGUCCUACAAGUAUUGGUGCAAAGGGAUUGUCACCAGAGCAGUACAAAUGGUGGCUUCAACAAUAUUUAAGGAGUGGCCUCAUUUGGAGAGGCUACAAGCCACAGUGGCUACAGACAAUGAAGGGUCAAAAAGGGUGUUGGAAAAGGCUGGAUUCCAAAGGGAGGGUGUCCUUCGGAAGUAUAUUGUUAUAAAGGGCAAAACUAAAGAUGUGGUUAUGUUUAGCCUCCUGUCGACUGAUUUUCUUGUCUAAAUUUUAUAGUCUACUUUAAAAUAUGUUUCUAGAAAUCUUACGUGUUGACAGGUUCUCGACUCAUUCUGAUGAAUUACAAUCAAGUUGUUUUAUUAAGGAUUUAGUUUGAUUGAAGCUUUCAAUAGAUGUGAUACCGAACAUAAUGGCAA